AUUUAUUUAUAGUCUCUUGUUUGGUUGAGCAUCAUCUUACAUUUGAAAGUGCACAGGACCUCGCUAUUUUGAUUCCUUGCACAGUGACCACGACAAGUAUUAUCACCCACACGGACCAGCCCUCGACUCACUAACGGAUUCUUGAACAUGUCCAUCUCUAAGGAAAAUCCAGAUUCUGACCUCUACGGAGACCUGUACGAUGACGAGUUCACUGUUCCACUGGAUGACGAGGCCUCCCCUACCACCGAGACUCCUCCGCAAGCAGACAAAAAUCCUGAACCUGUGAAGAUGGAGACUUCAACGUCGCCCACGUCAGCGUCCUCGCUACCUGCUAAACCUCAGUCAUCAAAAGGCGACUAUUCUUUGUCAUAUUCAGCCCAGGUGGCAAAGCAGUUCUCUGCGUAUCAACAGACACCGAGCCAGGAGCGUAUACAGAAACCACCUUUACCCCUUCCACCAAAUCCGAGCCCACAAGGUGGGCCUUCGGCAAUAGCAACACACGAGGGACCGACCGACAACCAUGCCGACAGGCCUAUCCGACCUUCAGAAAUGAAAGAUGAAGGCAAAAUGUUUAUUGGAGGCCUUAACUGGGACACUACAGACGAGGGUCUAAGGACGUAUUUUUCCCAAUUUGGCAAGGUGGAUGCUUGUACAAUUAUGCGCGACCCGGAUGGACGCUCAAGGGGCUUCGCUUUCUUGACCUUCGAUGAACCAGAAAGCGUGAAUGCUGUCACUGGAAGGGAGCAUAUAUUGGACGGAAAAGCUAUUGAUCCGAAACGCGCGAUUCCCCGAGAAGAACACCUGAGAAACACGCGGUACUUUGUCGGUGGUCUCGCCCCCACUACCAACGCAGACACAAUGCGCGAGUUUUUCUCGCGGUUCGGCAAGGUCGUCGAUGCGACAGUCAUGGUCGAUCGCGAGUCGGGCCGUUCCAAAGGCUUUGGCUUCGUCACUUUUGAGGACUCGAAUAACUCUGAUGAGUUCGUGGGGAAACUCGGGCUGAUGUUGGAUGAUAAGCAGAUCGAAGUGAAAGCUGCUCAACCACGAAGCCAGCGCGAUCAAGCGCGAAACAUGCAACAAGGCAACCGCGAGCCCUAUUUCAACGACUCCGAUUCACGCACGCCCAACACGUCCGCAAUGGCGUUUCCACAACAGGCUAACUCCGCAGCCACUAACAUGCUUUAUCAACGUGUGAUGAGUCAUAUGCCCAUGAUGGGAGCAGCGAACAUGAGCAUGAUGAAUCCCAUGAUGAUGGGCAUGGGCAUGGGCGGCAUGGGUGGCAUGAGCGGUAUGGGCGGCAUGAGUGGUAUGGGCGGUAUGGGUGGCAUGGGCGGCAUGGGGAUGAACAUGAUGGGCGGUUUAAGUCCAAUGGGUGGUAUGGGUAUGAACGCCAUGCGGAUGGGAAUGCCAGGGAUGAUGAUGAACGCUGCGGGCGCAGGUACGGGAAUGGGGAUGAACAAUAUGGGGAUGCGUAUGCGGCAGGGCAUGACUGGCGCUGUUACGCCGAACGCGAAUGCAGGGCGCAUGACAAUGAAUCAGGGACUGGGUCCAUCGAGAAUGUCGAGUCGUGGACAGCAUUCAUUCCAUCCAUAUGCACGAUAGUAUACGGAUGUUUUUAUUUGCUUUGCAUCUGCUGAUCUGUACCAUAUAUCACCACUAGUUAUUUAACCAUGCAUAAUGAGUGCAUGACGAACUUCUUGACGUCGAGUCCC